GGUACUUGGUAGGCUGCUGCUCUGCUCUGCCUCUAGACGCCCUCACCACGGGGGACGCUAGAGAGCGCAUCACAUUAAUAAUGACCACAUACUUCAUGGAGCUCCUCUAGAAGAACGGACUGGGUGAACCAUGUUCUCCGAGAACGACACAUGGAUGACCCAGCCCUCCAGCCCUCUCCUGCUGCCCGGCACAGAGCCUCAGCCCUGGCUGCAGCUGGUCGGACACGCAGAGAGUUUCCAGGUGGGGGAGAACGGGAGGCUGUUGAAGAGACACUGCGAGGGGGAGGAGCGAUGCUUCCGGAGGCUGAUGGAGGACCGGCUGAGUGCCUUCGUCCCCUCCUUCCACGGCGUGGUCCAACACGAGGGGCAGGACUACACCAUGAUGGACAACCUGCUGACGCGCUUCCACGCGCCCGCCAUCAUGGACUGUAAGAUGGGCACCCGGACGUACCAGGAGGAGGAGCUGCGCCUGGCCCGGGAGCGGCCCAAGCUGCGGCAGGACAUGUACGAGAAGAUGGUGGCGGUGGACCCCGGGGCCCCCACGGCCCAGGAGGGGGCCCAGCGGGGGGUCCUGAAGACCCGGUACAUGCAGUGGCGGGAGAGCCUGAGCUCCACCACCACGCAGGGCUUCCGCAUCGAGGGGGUCAGGAAGGCCAACGGAGAAUGCCGCACAAACUUCAAGAGGACCAAAAGCAGGGAGCAGGUGGGCGAGGCGCUGAGGGACUUCGUGGACCACGACCCGCGGACCGUGAGGGGCUACCUGAGCAGACUGAAGCAGCUGCGCCACACGCUGGAGGCCUCCCAGUUCUUCAGGACACACGAGGUGGUAGGUAGCUCUCUGCUCUUCCUGCACGACGCCGCGGGCCGGUCGGGCGUGUGGAUGAUCGACUUCGGGAAGACCUCCCCCCUGCCCCCCCCCCUCACCCUGGACCACCGGACCCCCUGGGUGGAAGGCAACCGCGAGGACGGCUACCUCUGGGGUCUGGACAACCUCAUCGCCAUCCUCACCGACAGCCUGCCCCCCGCCCGGACACCUGGCCCCCCGGAGCCCUGAACACCCCCCCCCACACACCCUGGAGC